AUGAAAUACUUUGUUCAUUUAGCUACGAUUUGUGCUAUUCUUGAAUGCGCUGCAAGCGCAGAAAGCGCUGAAAGGUAAGGCUUUCCUUGACGUUUGUAGAAUUUGAAUUUUUUUUGGAUAAAUUUUUUUUGGACAGACUUCUACGAUAAAAGCUUUCUUAAAUAACACAAAUUAUCCGCUGAGUUUCAGGAAAUUAUGCAGAGAAAUGGUGCAAACUGUCAAAAAAUACCCCUCAGAGGCACUGGCUAACGAAGAAUUAAGGAUGGCGGCGUUUGAGAAGACGCUCUUCCCUUACUUUACCGAAGCGGUAAGUUUUUUUAUACAAAUUUGAAUAAGUUAUUGAGUAAUCGAUAAACAACAAAGACAAUGUAUACGUUAUAGUACCUGAGUUUCUACAUAUUUCAGUGCAGAAUGAUAACCUGUAGUGUUCCUUGCUUUGUGGGUGCCAAUCAAUGCUUUAUAAAGCAAUUCAGAGAAUCAACUCGAGUUCCACUAAAUGAGAACGAGUGUUGUGUUGGUUGUAAACCUUGA